GGUCCGCCUGAUCCACUUGAUCGAGGGGAGAGAUGCGCCGUUAACAGACGCUGAGAGGACGAGAAGAGAAGGGCACGCGGUGAAUCUUUCUCCACACACAAGCUGCUUUUUGGACUUCGACCUUUUUCCCUUUUCAUGCAAAAGCCGUGCGUUUUGUGGAAGAAUCCGAGAACUGAUAUCUCGCCAACUGCGUAAAAUAUAAGAAGACCACACAUUGUUGCCUGGCUUUAUGUCGCGCGCUGGAGCUCGCUCGUCAUUGGAGCGGCGCACUUGAUGGGAAUAUAGACAGCACACACAAAGGGCUAUCAUGGUUAAAUCGGGUAGGAAUGGACUGGGCUGUGGACUCUGGGAGCUAGUGACGACAAUCAGUGAGGACAUCCAUCUUUAAAGAACCAGAACAUUUUUCAGAUUUUCAUUCCCCCCCCCCCCCCCCCCCCCCACCCGUUUUUUCCCUCCUCCCGCAUUUUCGGGUCUGCCUGACUGCAGCCUUGGUCCGCUGAACCCUGACACCUGCAGGCAGCGUUGAGUGAUUGGUCAUUACGUCCAAGGGCGUCUACGCAGCAAGACAAAACAACCCCAGGGAGCCCUGCUGCAGAAGGUGGUGGCGGUGGCAGGGGCGGUGAGUCAAUCGCCUCAGCAGCUGCAGCAAAUGAUUCAUUAUUUGUGAAGUUAACAGCUCAGAACGCUUAAUCUACAAGGACCAAUUUCUAACUGGAGGGAAUCGGUCCAAUAUGAAGGACGUGUCAUUCGUGGAUCGUCUCUUUGUCGGCUUGGCCAUGGCCUCUUUUGUUGUGGCCACAGAGGAGAGGCCUGAUUGCCCGAAGCUCUGUGUGUGUGAGAUUAGACCCUGGUUUUCCCCGAGUUCAGUGUACAUGGAGGCUCAGACAGUUGACUGUAAUGACCUGGGACUCUUUAGCGUGCCGGAACGAUUACCGCUAGGCACACAAGUACUAUUACUGCAAACAAACAAUGUGGUCAAGAUUGACAAACCCUUGGAUUACCUGGCCAACAUCACAGAGAUUGAUCUAUCGCAAAACAACUUAUCCUCCAUCAGUGACGUCCACCUGGGGAAUCUUCCUCAGCUGAUGUCCCUUCACUUGGAGGAAAAUUGGAUACGAGAGUUACCUGACCGAAGUCUUGCUGAGGUGGCUAACCUCCAGGAGCUAUACAUGAAUCACAACCUCAUCGCCUACAUUUCCCCAAUGGCUUUCCAGGGUCUCAGCAACCUUGUGCGGCUCCACCUCAAUUCCAACAAGCUUGAGGCUAUUAAAAGAGAGUGGUUCGACCCAAUGCGAAAUCUUGAAAUCCUGAUGAUUGGCGAGAAUCCUAUUCUUUCUAUUGACGAUAUGAACUUCCAACCACUCAGUAAUCUCCGCAGUCUAGUCCUCACCAGAAUGAACCUCUCUCAGCUUCCUGACGAUGCGCUGAUUGGUCUUGAUAACUUAGAGAGCAUCUCGUUCUAUGAUAAUAUAUUCCCAGAGGUGCCUCAUUCUGCCCUGAAAAAUGCAAAAAAUCUCAAGUUUUUGGAUCUUAAUAAAAACCCAAUUUCUAGAAUACAGAGAGGGGACUUUGUGGAUAUGCUGCAUCUGAAAGAACUAGGGAUUAACAGCAUGCCAGAGUUAGUUUCCAUUGACAGCUUUGCCCUCAAUAACCUCCCCGAACUGACCAAAAUAGAAGCCACCAACAAUCCGAAACUCUCCUAUAUCCAUCCUAAUGCUUUCUACAAACUACCACGGCUGGAAACCCUAAUGCUGAAUGGCAAUGCGCUCAGUGCCCUUCACAGGAUUACUGUUGAGUCCCUCCCAAAUCUCAGAGAGGUGAGCAUGCACAGCAACCCCAUCCGCUGUGACUGCGUAGUCCGCUGGAUGAACAUGAACAAAACCAACCUUCGCUUCAUGGAGCCUGACUCACUGUUCUGUGUGGAGCCCCCAGAGUACGAGGGUCAGCAUGUCCGACAGGUGCACUUCAGAGAGAUGAUGGAGAUUUGUCUACCACUUAUCUCUCCCGAAAGCAUGCCCGGGCAAAUUAAAGUAAAGAAUGGUAGCUCAGUAUCCCUCCAUUGCAGAGCUUACGCUGAACCAGAGCCGGACAUCUACUGGAUCACGCCGUCUGGCACCAGGGUCCAGCCUAACACCGUGUCCGAAAAGUUCUACAUGCACCCAGAGGGAACUUUUGACAUCUAUGAUAUAACAGAAAAAGAAGCAGGUCUUUACACAUGUGUCGCCCAUAAUCUAGUUGGAGCUGAUCUUAAAUCUGUUUCAGUAGAAGUGAAUGGAUACUUCCCCCAACCUGCAAAUGGGUCUCUGAAUGUCAUAAUCGAAACAGUGGAGACAAACUCCAUCUUGAUUUCGUGGAAGGCGAAUCGUGGCACCCUGGCUCCCAACAUUAAAUGGUACACAGGGUCCGAUCCGAGCCAGCCCACCACCACGUUUACCACCAGGGUUCCCUCUGACGUCCAGGUGUACAACCUCACACAUCUCAGCCCCGCCACCCUGUACAAAGUCUGUGUGGAUGUCGGCAGCAUCCACUACAACCAUGACACCAAAUGUGUCAAUGUCACCACUAAGGGAUUAGAGCUGGCAGCCAAGGACACAGAGAAAUGGGACACAGCAGUAAUCACCGUGUUUGGUGUGCUCUUGGCUGUGAUUUCAGUGGCAUGCCUGCUUAUUUAUGUCUCUCUGCGGAACCACCAUUUUUAUGGGGAUAUAAGGAAAUGCGAGUCCAAGGCUGCGCUGACACCGGAGGAAGCUACCGGAAUGCACUCUCCUUUCUUUACAAAGCUGUGGGUCUCAGGUAAAGGACUGCCAAGUGGAGUGAACGUGAAAGCCACAGUCAUAAAUGUAUCUGACAAUGCAUUUUAAGAGGCGCAGCUUUGUAGAGCACCACACACCAACUACACUGAAUGGACUAGCCCACUGUCAGCGGUGGACACUUCUGUAGUACUGUUUCAAAAGGCAUAACCCAUUGCUGGUCCCCGGCUCGGACACACUGGCAAAUCUUUUAUCGGACAGGGAUGGAACAGUUUGAAAUAAGACUACGUGCUCUCCCAGUUUCAACCCCCAGCUGAUGUGGUGGCUUGGUAACAUCAAAUCAGGCUCACAUCAACAGUAGGGGCAUUUACUGCAAAACAAUAUAUUUCACUAUCAUCCAUACAGAGAUACAGGCAGAGAAAAGAACGUGAAAAUGAAGAUGGUCAACUCUCUUGUAAUUGACUGUUAAAUGUGUUAAGAGUUGUGGAACUGUCCGUGUGGUCCCAAGCAAUACCGUCUGUGCUUUGUCGAACAUCCAUAGACGAGUUAGAGAUACAGUAAUAACACCUGUCUAUUAUGGGAAAGGGAGAUUUAGUAGAGUAGACAAAUUACAGUGACUAUGGUGUAAGCCUUUUGAUGAAAUAUAAACCCCCUUUUUCUAUUUAAAAUGGAUUCUUGGUUUUUUCAUGGAAAUAUUGUUAUAUAUUCUCUAUUAUGUUGAUGUAAAGACAAAUCCUCUGUAUCCGCACCGUUUGAAUGGGUUUUAAAUUAAGGCAAGGAGCAGACUACUUUUGAUUACAACGUCACAUUAAGCUUAAUGAAAUUCAGCUUCAAAACGAGUAUCCAGGGAGGACAUUUGCCAAAGGGCUGUUUAUGCUGUGUAGUUCUCAUUGCAAUGGUGACUGGGAAAAAAAAAAUGGAGGAAAACAAAUAUAAACAGGUUGAUUAAAACUGAGGGGAUUGAUGUGUUAUCUCCUCACGACGCCCUGGUAAGUGCCUACAACAAGAACUACACGAGGUAAACAGAGAAGAAGAAACAUGACCAUGUCGUCAUCACAGCUAUUCUCCGGUACUUUUAGUGGAAAUACUUUCUCAGUAUUUUUAGCAUACAUAUUUUAAGAAAACAUUUCGUUGUUGCUUUGGGUGUAAAGUUAAAAAGCCAUUUUUAUAUUAACUGUACUAUAUGUGAUCAAUGGGCACAACAAGCUAAUUAAGAACGUGCUAAGAAAAAAAUAAAUGUCAUUAUUUCUUUUACAAACAA